GGCCGCGGGAUGUGGCCGAAGGAGACACAGCCGCCGCCGCAGCAUCUGCCGCCGCCGCGCUCCCGCCCGCCCUGCCUCCCUCCCUCCCGCCUGCCUCCGCCCCUCCCUGCCCGUCCCCUCCCCAGCAGGAGCGCGCCCGCCGCGGCCGAGCAGGCGGCGCUGGGGGGGCGACACAGGGGGCGGGCGGCCCCGCUACCGAUGAGGCGCUGCCGCCUGUGCCGGGCGGGGCUGAGGGUAACCUCUGCUACUUCACGCUCGCAGCGGGCUAGCGAGCAUCAGCGCGGCACUGGGGACGGCCACAAGCGCGGCCAAGGCGCCCGGCCAGAGCCUACAGCCGGUCAUUUGUUGCCCAAAAUCUCGGUCCCAGCACCUGCCUCGCAGGGAGGGACCCGCGUGUCCCCGGGCGGCAGACGCGGCCAGGCGGGCUGCUACCGCGGGACACGGCGUUCCCAUCCAUCCUCCCCGCGCCCCUCCAGCCCCGCACCGCCGCGCCCGAUAAGGCAUGCCGGGCUGAGCCGAGGCGGCAGCGCUGCGGGCCGACCGCCGCCACCGGGCUGCACGGCGACUCGCUGCUGCCACCUCUCGCUUGGCGUCCUCGCAGCUUCCCCAAACUGUUGCGAGCAGGAGAUUCACCUGGCUGAAGAUCCCACUUCUCAACGACGGAUGGUUGCGGUGGCUACCCCUCUCUUAAUGUCACGGGAAGGCCGGAGGCCACGCGUUCCCACUGCCAGAAUGCCUUAUUUUAGGCUUGAGGUCACUUUUUGGAGGGGCGAGGGGGGUUUAUUUCCAUAUUUAUUGGACCAUUUAGAUAACUAGUGUGUGUCCUUUCCCUAGAUUAGGUGAUGGUGGCCCAUCCACCUAUGACAAAAUCGGUAGGUUACAGCUGAGGGUGAUUCAGCCUGGCAGCGCCCGUCAAUGCCAAUUCAGAUUUUGCCCAACUACUAGGACUUGUGAGAAGAGCACCUCUGGGCUCAAGUGUGAAGUAAGCCCAAAACCUCAUAGUCGGGUUCUGGUCUGGCAUGUCUUGAUGCCUCCUGAGUUGCAACUAUGAGGGGAGCUUGCUGGUGGCCAAACACAGUGGCCAAUCCAGUCUUGAGCUGAGAAGCAAACAACUAGCUCAUUGUCCAAACUUUUGGUUGGACCAAAAGUUCAUUUUUUCUGCUAAGUGUAAAACCCUGGGUUUGUGAUUCCCAGCCUGAGACAGGCAUCUAACUGUGAACUAAAAGUAGUGGGUCACUCAGUAGUUACCUGGAGUCACUGUCUUACAGUUAAACUUCAAGAUGUACUUGAUAAUUAAAUUACUGGGUGCCAAAGUAGAUACACCAUCGUAUCAUGUGAUCCACCUUCUGCAGCCCAGCCUCUUUGUCAGAGCUGAAAGUUCUUUCUGCCAAUAAAGGUAAAGGAGAUUUAAAGACUAGAAGUAGGCUGUGUCCUCCUUUCAUUCCCCCUCAAAUAUUCCCAUGUAAUAGUGACAUUUCAUGGCUAUGGGGACUGUACACAUCUGACCUAAUUGUAGGAUAAGCAGUGUGGGCUGGUGAAGAAUGAACCUAAGACAUCUGAUUCUCCCCAAGCUGCAAAAGUUACCCAGCUAGCUAUACUGAUCUGAGUAGUUAGUAUGGAAGUUGUUAGCCUGGAAGUUAAAUAUAAUAACAAUAAAGAUAAAUAAUAAUGUAGACUCUCUGUAGGGAAACUGAGGCCUGAAGACAGAAGGAUUUUGGAAGAAUCUGGGAGCAGUCUGAAAUCUAUUUUUCUCUCACAAAGUUUCCUCAUUUCACAUCACAGUUUUGCAUGAGAGGGAUUUCAUCUCAAGAUGCUGCAUGAUUCAAGACAAAAAGCUUCUCCUUGUCCUGUCACUUUCCUCCUUGAUUCUCCCUGAUGCAUCACAUUUUCAAUGUUCCCUGAUACCACAUGAGGUCAGAGAAG